UUGAUAAUGGCUCCGGCAGACAAUCGACUUUCUCUUCCAUCCAAGUCUCUAAUCAUGGCGAAUCAAAACCCUAAUCUUUACCCAACAACUGGAAAUGGUUCAAACAACAAAACCCUUAACCACCCACCUGCACAUUACAACCGCAACAACAACAGUCUUCGUCAGUUCUGCGAUUGGUUAGACAAGACUGAAAAGAAUAAUCCUAACGCUUCAUGUUCGUCUUCAAUUCCGACAUCGGCAAUGGAAAUUGAAGAACUUGAGGCGGAUUCAAUCCUUUCAAAAUCGGAAGUCUUGACUAGAGAAGAAGUUCUCAAACGACGGUCUAUCCAGAUGAAACGUCUUAUAAAGUUGUAUAAAGAACAUUACUGGACAAUGAUGGAGGAACUGAAGAGUAGACAUAAAGAUUACUAUUGGGAGUAUGGAACAAGUCCUUUUCAAGAUGAUGAAGGUGCUGGAGGAGUUGUAGAUGGUUAUAAUAACUCUCUACCAGGAACAUCCAAUAAUAAUGGGAGUAAUAAUUUCAACAAGUCAGUUGUGGGGUUUAAUGGGAAUCGGUGUGAGGUUCAUAGUUGUAAAUUGAAGCCGAUGGCAUUGACACGGUUUUGCUUUGCGCAUAUAUUGUCAGAUUCGAAACAGAAGCUUUACAAAGGCUGCUCAUAUGUAAUCAAAAGUUUACCAAAUGGACCCGUUUACUGUAUGAAGCCUGUUUUGAGGUCCACUGUUCCUCUCCUUUGCUCAAUGCAUCUAGGGAAGGCUGAAAAGCAUGUCACAAAGGCCCUUAAGAAGGCAGGUCAUAUAGCCACUUCGAAGAGUAAACCUGCGCCUAAAAUUCAUAUUGUAUUGGCUGAGUUUGUAUGUCAUAUUGUAGCCAAGAGGAAGAUGAAUCCGAAUGCAAUUGUUGAAGCAGUUGAAGAUUAAAUGUUGAUUUAUUAUUUUUUUUACUAUUUUAUGUUUGUGUGUGCUGUGGGAGAAACAAACUGCCAAAGUGCUGAUGGACAUCUAGUCUACUACUCUAAGUUUUCAGGUUUUUGGAUGCAAAGAGGGAAGAAAAUAAUCACAUGUUUUAUCAAGCAGCAGCUAAUAAUACUAAUUGUUGGAUUUUUUAAUUUUUUUUAAAGACGACAACACGCCAAAUAGGAGUCGAACUCUCGAUCUACCUCUGCUACUAAUGGUUGGAUUCUGACUAAGAAAAUGACUGGAUUCUCAUUUGAAACAAUAGGGUUUGCUUGUAGUAAUGAGGAUAUAGAUCUAAUAAUUUGCAUUUUUAGUCAGUUUGACAAAACUAAUAAUUUAAGUAAUCUCAGUUUUUUUCUUGCUUUUAUUAAGUAAUGUUGAUGUU